UUUCUGGCGUAGGAUUUGACUGACGUUCGGGCGUACCAACGUGACGGUUUUAAGUGGAAUUGUUGAUUGUUGGAUGGUAACGCCUUUGGGAGGUGGAAACAGAUGGGUUGGGGUAAUAUGUUGAAAUCUGGAGCAAGAUAGGACUAUCUAAAUACAAAUUGCAAAAUAACUUCCGGUUUGUGGACCAAUGUUCAAAACGUCAAAUUUUAACCGCAUGCACUUGGGGCCCACAAACAUUUCAAAGUCAAAGUUGUGAGUGUCUUGAAGGAGUCGCGAGGGUUUAUUUUGUGAAAAUAAUAACAAGGAGCGAUGACUUCAGUUGAGGACGAUGAUAUACCGCAGCUGUCUGCAGAUACUCUGGAGAUUUUGCAAGCAUUUUUGAAAGAAAAGGAAGAACGGGAAAAGCUGGAAUUGGAAGGCGGUAAAGAUGUCAAUUUCGAGGAGGAUUGGCAACUAAGUCAAUUUUGGUACAGCGCCAAAACAAAAUCGGAUUUAAAAGCUAUUUGUCAACAUAUCAUAACCGAUGACACAUAUAAAAUUGGUCUACUUUCAUGCCCAUCGGUAUACACCUCCAUCAAAGAGAUCCACAAAAAUGUAAAAAUCUUCGAAUAUGAUCGGCGAUUUGCAUCAUACGGUGAUGAUUUUGUUUACUACGACUUCAAUGAAGCCGACAAUCCAGAAUGUUUGCAAGAAUUUCAGAACUACUUUGACUUGGUUAUAGUUGACCCACCAUUUCUCUCCGAAGAAUGCAUGAAAAAGAUAUCGACAAUUGUUAAGAAAGUAGUGAAAGCUGACGGGAAAAUUAUCUUCUGUUCAGGUGAGGUGUGCGAACCAUGGAUUACAACGUUUUUGCAAUUGAAGAAGUGUAAUUUUAAGCCAGAGCAUGAUAGAAAUUUAGGAAAUGAAUUCGCUUCUUAUAGUAAUUUUGAUAUAGAUAAAAUUUUAAAAAAUACAAAAUAAUUUAGUAAAAUAA